CAGACAGCUUUUUGUUUCGGAAGUUAGUCAUCACGCAGCAGUCUCCGAGGAGAGCUGACCGAAGUCCCAGCAGGCGAUGACAGUUCACCAGAAGGCGCCCCGAUACAAGGCAGCGAUGCUUGGCCUCAGCAGCAGCCGCCUCCUGGUUGCCCUUGUGGUGCUGGCCAUCCUCUGCAGCCUCGCUGCUGGCCAGUUCGGUGGAUUCGGACGCGGCUACGGUGGAUAUGGCCGCGGAGGCUUCGGUCGCGGAGGCUAUGGUCGAGUUCUCGGAGGUUACGGCCGCGGAUUCGGAGGCGGGUACCGUCGCUUCGGUCGUUGAUGUUCCGGCGUCGGGAACGCAACAAACGUAUGCGUGAUGCCACACAGGAGCACCACUUCUCGAAAUAAACAAAUUAU